AUGCUGGCAGAGCUGGAGUUCUGUCUGCUGCUGGCAGUGACACUGCUGAGCCCAGUCCCCAGGGCCCAAGCCAUGGAAGGUGUCAAAUGUGGGGGUGUGCUCUCAGCACCUUCUGGAAACUUCUCCAGCCCCAACUUUCCCAGGCUCUACCCCUACAACACGGAGUGCAUCUGGCUGAUUGUGGUAGCUGAGGGCUCCUCCGUGCUGCUCACCUUCCACGCCUUCGACCUGGAGUACCAUGACACCUGCAGCUUCGACUUCCUGGAGAUCUACAACGGGGCCUCCGGGGACCAGGGCAACCUGCUGGGGAGGUUCUGCGGCCAGGUGCCCCCACCGCCCUUCGCCUCCUCCUGGAACGUCAUGUCUGUGGUCUUCCACUCAGACAAGCACGUGGCCAGCCGAGGCUUUUCUGCAGGCUACCAGAAAGAUGUGUGUGGUGGCGUCCUGACGGGCCUGUCGGGGGUCCUCACCAGCCCCGAGCACCCCAACAACUACCCCAACAACGUGGAGUGCCGCUGGGUGAUCCGAGCCUCUGGCCCCGCCACCGUCAAGCUGGUCUUCGUGGACUUCCAGGUGGAGGGCAGCGAGCAGUGCACCUACGACUACGUGGCUGUGCUUGGGGGGCCCGGCCCCGCCCAUGGGCACCACUACUGCGGCAGCUCCAGGCCCCCCACGCUCGUGUCGCUGGGCCACGAGCUGCAGGUGGUCUUCAAGUCUGACUUUAACAUCGGGGGCCGGGGCUUCAAGGCCUACUACUUCUCAGGAGAAUGCCAGGAGGUAUACACGGCAGUGCGGGGCAACUUCUCCAGCCCACAGUACCCCAGCUCCUACCCCAACCACAUCCGGUGCCACUGGACCAUCCGCCUGCCUCUUGGCUACCGGGUCAAAGUGUUCUUCCUGGACCUGGAACUGGAGGGCCCCAACAGCCUGACCAAGACCUGUGACUUUGACCAUCUGGCAGCCUUCGACGGGGCCAGCGAGGAGGCGCCCCUGCUGGGCAGUUGGUGUGGCCACCACCUGCCACCACCGGUCACCUCGAGCCACAACCAGCUCCUGCUUCUGCUGCACACAGACCGUAGCACCACCCGCAGGGGCUUCUCUGUGGCCUACAUUGGAGUGGUCCCCAUGAACGUGAGUUGCUCCCGCACGGACUUCCAGAUCCUGAUCUCCGCGCAGGCAGUGGCCCCGCUAGAACGGACCAAAGUCUACCUGGGCAGCCGGAGCUGCGCUGCUCAGGAAGUCGGCAGCAACUUCCGGAUCCAGGCCCGCUUUGACACCUGCGGCACUGAGUCUCAGAGAAGAAAUAACACUUCAGUGAUCGUCAGCGUGCUGUACAUCGACUUCUCAGCCGGUGGGCAGGAGGAUAUCCACGAAUACGAGGUCCGCUGUGAGCCGAGGCGAAAGGAGGCCUCUGUCCACCUGCUGUCCGGCUCCCACUGGCUUGGGCCCUAUGCUGCCACGGCAGAGCACCUUCAGGAGGCACCACCCAGGGACGAGGCAGAGGCACUGGAGGGCCCCGUGGCCAUGGUGGCCCAGGACACCAGUGACAUCAUCUUCCUGGGCCUUUGCAUCCUGGCUGGAGUCCUCAUGGUCAUUGCCAUAGUGGUCCUGAUGCUGCUGUAA